GCGGGGGUCUGUGAGGUCUGUGUGGACAAAGAGAAGCCAGUCAGGUGAGCCUCAGCCAGCGCUGGUCAUGACCACAGCUCCAUGCCGAUAGCCACGAGAAAGGGAGCAGACCGAGUGAGGAGCCGUCACGGGACACAGGAUGGUGAGGUGCUGGCAGCGUUCGGAGAGCCACUUGGAGGAAGCUCAGUGCACGGAUGGGGGUCCUGACGCAUCGCCCCGGUCCCUCUUCCCACACAAGGCGUUCUGGGUCAGCGUCUCAGCCUCCCUGCUCUUGGUCGUCGUCGCUCUGGGUUUGACCGGGUACCUCGGACUGCCUCGGCCCCGCACAGAGUCUUUACAGAUUGUGAGAAUCACAGUCCCAGAUCAGGCUGGGGUUCAGCUCAACCAGUCGGCCGUCGUGGACCAACAGAAUGACCUGGUGACCUACUCUGUGACCUCACAAGAAAACCAGACGUCCACCGUGCUCUUUGAUAUAAAACACGGUUUGAUAUGCUACAAACCUGACGGCCAGGAGAGCUGCUUCCUACAAAAGAUGGAGCAGUCGGACUAUGACAACGUGAACUCCCUCCUCCACGAGUCCAACCUCAAGAGCCAGAUUCAGCUGCUCGGGAAUGGGACCCAGAGGCAGACCGAGUUCCUGGGAGUGCUGGCAGCCAGUCAGGUGAACUCAUCGUCGCUGGAGGAACCCCUCCAGGCUCUGUGUCGGGACAGAUCCUUCCACUGGACCAGGAGGGCCGAGGGCCCAGGCAAACAGAGGCUGGUCUACUUCUGCAUCGACAUCUGCUUUCCCAGCAACAUCUGCGUGUCCGUGUGUUUCUACUACCUGCCCGAGUGACUCUGCAUUCUCUGUGUCCUCCUCCCAGCUAAAGAUCAGGGACACAAAGUUGCCCUUUUUUUUGGUCCCACUUCGAGAAAAAAAAAAAAAAAGUACAAGAACAAGAACAAAAGUCCGCUUUGACUGUUCCCUUUGUGCCGUGCAGUCGCCGGUAAACCGGUGAAGCAGCCAACGCUCCCAGUCAAUUUCCAUCCUUCCGAGAGAGAAGAGAUGGAGACAGGCUGUCGUGGUUAUCGCCAAAUCCCCAUCAUCGCUCUCUUCAUGUGUAAUACCCUCUCUGCCGUCGCACUUGACAGAUUUUUUUUUUUGUACAUGCCUCUAACUGUAUUUCCUAUUACCUGCUGCAGUGUAAUUACGUGUAACCGCUCCUGUUGCAAUGUGUUUGAUCUGUCCAAUAAAAGACAACGUCGAUACUG